AUGUUUAUCUGUACUGCUACCAAACUUCAUCCAUCCCUUCCAUCUCCCUUCCAUCUACCAAAUACCGCCGCCAUUCCUCCCACGACCAGGAAACGAAAGGCAGCUGAGGCGUCGAUUUCUUCCCAGCCUACGGAAGCUCUACCCAACAAACGAGUCGCUUCAGCUGCCAAAUCCAAAGCUCCGCCUACACCUGUCACCACCACGAGCAACACUAUGGAUUCCGAGGAAGAUUUCAUGUCCGCCAUGUCUAGCGACGCGGAUAUGCAGGAUUUCUCUGGCGAAGAAGCCCCUUCGUACCCCUUCACAUAUUUUGAUGACGACUUUGACGACGAGCCCGAUCCCGAUUUUGGCGUAUUGAAAGACUCCGGCAGUAAGAAGAAGGUUGCCUAUGACGUUUCUUUUCAAGUCUACGAGCCGGCAGACAUACAACGUCAACAGGAUGACAUGGUCAACGAAGUCAACAUGAUCCUUGACAUCAACAAAGAGGAUGCCGCCAUCUUGCUGCGCCAUUUCCGCUGGAACAAGGAAAAGCUGAUUGAGGACCUCAUGGACAGGCGAGCUAAGGUGCUCGAGGCAGCGGGCCUCGGUACCGAUGUUAAUACCGCUCCGAAAUUGGAGCCGGUACCCGGCUUUGUCUGUGACAUCUGCUGCGAGGACGAAGAAGGCUUGGAAACAUUCGCCAUGAAGUGCGGUCAUCGCUAUUGUGUGCAUUGUUACCGGCACUAUCUGACGCAGAAGGUCCGCGAGGAAGGCGAGGCCGCUCGCAUUCAGUGCCCCGCCGAAGGCUGUGGCCGCAUCAUAGACACCAAGUCUCUCGACCUUCUCGUGACCCCGGACCUAGCUGAUCGGUAUAGAGAACUGCUCAAUAGGACCUACGUGGAAGACAAGGAUACUCUCAAAUGGUGUCCUGCUCCCGACUGUCAGAAUGCCGUCGAAUGUGGCGUCAAGAAGAAGGACUUGGAUAAAGUAGUCCCGACUGUAGCCUGUCUUUGCGGGCACCGCUUCUGCUUCGGCUGCAUACUCAAUGACCACCAGCCAGCGCCCUGCGAGUUGGUGAAGAAAUGGCUGAAGAAAUGCGCGGACGACUCGGAGACGGCCAACUGGAUUUCGGCCAAUACCAAGGAAUGCCCGAGAUGCAACAGCACCAUCGAGAAGAACGGCGGUUGUAACCACAUGACCUGCCGCAAGUGCAAGCACGAGUUCUGCUGGAUGUGUAUGGGUCUUUGGUCUGAGCACGGAACCAGCUGGUACAACUGCAACCGUUUCGAGGAGAAGAGUGGCACAGAUGCCAGGGACGCGCAGGCCAAGUCGCGCAUGUCAUUGGAGCGCUACCUGCACUACUACAACCGGUACGCGAACCACGAGCAGUCUGCCAAACUCGACAAGGACAUCUACCAGAAGACGGAAAGGAAGAUGGUCGAGCUGCAAAGAGAGUCGGGUAUGUCCUGGAUUGAGGUGCAAUAUCUCAACGCCGCAUCACAGACCUUGCAGAUGUGCCGGCAGACCCUCAAAUGGACAUACGCAUUUGCCUUCUAUCUCGCUCGCAACAACCUGACCGAGAUUUUCGAGGACAACCAAAAGGAUCUGGAAAUGGCCGUAGAGGCACUGUCCGAAAUGUUCGAAAAGCCCGUACAAGAAUUGUGUGAUCGCAAGCUCAAGGUGGUCAUCAUGGACAAGACUUCAUACUGCAACAAGAGACGGAUUAUUCUUCUGGACGACACGGCAGAGAAUCUAGCAAACGGGGCUACAGGGGGCACCAUCUAUGACUACUUCGCAUGGUGA